AUGUCUUACAAGUUAUUUCUGGCCGUGUUCCUGCUGCAUACAUGUGUUGCUGCAAGCAUCUUUAGCUGUUUUGGUAAGUCGUGUGUUUCAAGAAACGAGGAAAAUGCUUACGUAAGGUGCGUUGAAAACUGUUUCGGAUUUUACACGAAAGAGCAUGCAUACGACAUCCAGAAAUGUAUUGAAGACUGCAAAUACUUGAAGGAGGAAAAAUCGACAUCUGAAAAGCUCAGUCAGAAGCUCAAGGACUUAGCAGAGAAAUUCGAUCUUGUUGAAUUCGGAUUAAAGGGAGGAUGGAAAUUCAAAUUGUUUUAA